AAUAAUUCGCAUGACCAUGUACGAAAUUAUUAGGGUUCGAGAAACAGUUAUAUGCGGAUUACUUUGACUUUAUCGCCGGUUGUCGCCAUGCGUCGUACCUGUCAAAUGAGAUUUUUUGAAUGUUACUAAUGAAAAAUGGAAGACAGUUGUGUGCAUCAUAUAGAAUUUAGCGUCAGAGAUGGGGAAAAUUUACAGAGAACCCUUUUACAUCAAUACAAAUUUUCAUUAGCUGCUACGCGUGUAAACAGUCGUCUAAAACAGUGGGUUUUAAAAUCAGGUUCUGCGACUUGUCUCCUUACGCAACAAAUUUCGUCAGAAAAUGAACAGGUUCAGGAUCAGUAUUUUGUUGAAGCGGGAGAAGUUUUUGAUGGUGCGAUCAACAAAUCUUCAGGACAGAUUGAUUCAGUUUUUAAUGUUGCGUUGAAAGUAAAAAAUAUAGCUAGUUGUGUUGAAAAACUCUCAAGGUCAGGAGUGAAAAUUCUACGUCCAGUGAAGAAAUACAAUGACAAAUAUGGUGAAAUCAGCUUAGCUGUAGUUAAAAGUUGUAUAGGAAAUGUUGUACACACUUUAAUACAAGAUGAAAACUACAGUGGUGUAUUUUUACCGGGAUUUAAUCCAGUGGACAAUGUUCAUAAUAAUGAUUUACAAUUAGCUCAAAGUUCAUUAGUGACUCAUUUUGAUCAUGUUACAUUCGCUUGUGACUGUGGUGACUCUGAUCGUAUAUUAGAAUGGUAUUCAAAAUGCUUUGGGAUGAAAAGAUUUAUGAUGAACAGUGAUGAGGAUGAAGCAAAAGGGUUUGUUAUAGACACUGAAGAUAUUGGGCUUAGACUGAAAGCUUUUGAAUACUGGAAAUGUGCAGAAACAGGCUUGUCACUGGGAAAUCAUCCAAAAAGUAUCAAAUUUGUUGUGGCGGAAGCACUUGCAAACCAAGGUCCAAAUCAAGUUGAUACCUUCUUACAUGAUCAUGAAGGAGCCGGGAUACAACAUGUGGGUCUUCACACUGAGGAUAUAAUCCAGACUGUGUCACGGCUCAGUGAUAAUGGUGUCCAGUUUGCUGAACCACCUUACACAUAUUAUACAGAGGUUGGUAAAUAUGAAGAGAUCUGUGAUAUAGGACAGAAUGUAGAAAUUUUACGUAAGAAUGGAAUACUAGUGGAUGCUGAGGCUGAUCCAGGAGAGACAACUGGUGAUGCUCAAAGUCAGAAUUUGAGAUACUUGAUGCAAAAAUUUACCAAGCCUCUGUUUGAUCGCAAUACAUUCUUCUUAGAAGUAAUACAGCGUGUAGGAGCACGGGGAUUUGGCUCUGGGAACAUCACUGCUUUGUGGAGAUCUGUACAGGCGUACAUCAACAGUCAGGAAAAACAGGCAGACAGCUGACAUAGAGUAUGAGAGAAAUAUGAUUACAUUGACUGUUCAGCUUGUAUUUAUUACAAGAUGUUGAAGACUACCAGAUUUUAUCCUGUUUAAUGAAUUCUCUGCAUCUAUAGCAACACAGAAACCACUUUGUUUUAUUGUACCACCGACAUUUAUUUAUUUUAUUACGGACAACAAAGUUGUAAGGGGGAGUAUACUGGUUUCAGGUUGUCUGUCCAUCCGUCUGUCUGUCCAUAGACAGAAUCUUGUGCGCACCAACUCUCCUCAUCCCCUUGACACAAUUUAAUGAAACUUCACAAAAGUGAUCAGUAACAACAGUAGUUGUGCAUGGGGCAUGUUAGGUUCUUUCAGAAAAUUUUUUUGCAGAGUUAUGGGACUUUAUUUUUUGUUACUAUACUAUAUACAUAGACACAAUCUUGUGCACACCAUCUCUCUUCAUCCCCUUGACACAAUUUAAUGAAACUUCACACAAGUGAUCAGUAACAACAGUAGUUGUGCAUGGGUUAUAUGUUAGGUUCUUUCAGAAAAAAAAUUUGCAGAGUUACGGGACUUUGUUUUUUGUUACUAUACUAUAUACAUAGACACAAUCUUGUGCACACCAUCUCUCCCCAUCCCCUUGACACAAUUGAAUGAAACUUCACACAAGUGAUCAGUAACAACAGUAGUUGUGCAUGGGGCAUGUUAGGUUCUUUCAGAAAAAAAAAUGCAGAGUUACGAGACUUUCUUUUUUGUUAACAUACUAUGUACAUACAGUCUGUAUAUGCAAUCUUGUGCGGGCCUAAUCUUCCAAACCAUUGCACACAAUUUAAUGAAACUUCACACAAAUGAUCAGUACUGACCCUAGUUGUGAAUGGUGCAUGUUACGUUCUUUUAGAUAAAUAUUCUGCAGAGUUACGGGGCUUUGUUUUUUGUUAACAUACUAUGUACAUUCAGUCUGCAUAUGCAAUCUUGUGCGUGCCUAAUAUUCCGAACCCUUGCACACAAGUUAAUGAAACUUCACACAAGUGAUCAGUACCAACCCUAGUUGUGCAUGGUGCAUGUUAUGUUCUUUUAGAUAAAUAUUCUGCAGAGUUAUGGGACUUUGUUUUUUGUUACUAUACUGUAUACAUAGACACAAUCUUGUGCACACCAUCUCUCCCCAUCCCCUUGACACAAUUGAAUGAAACUUCACACAAGUGAUCAGUAACAACAGUAGUUGUGCAUGGGGCAUGUUAGGUUCUUUCAGAAAAAAAAUUUGCAGAGUUACGGGACUUUGUUUUUUGUUACUAUACUAUAUACAUAGACACAAUCUUGUGCACACCAUCUCUCCCCAUCCCCUUGACACAAUUGAAUGAAACUUCACACAAGUGAUCAGUAACAACAGUAGUUGUGCAUGGGGCAUGUUAGGUUCUUUCAGAAAAAAAAAUGCAGAGUUACGAGACUUUCUUUUUUGUUAACAUACUAUGUACAUACAGUCUGUAUAUGCAAUCUUGUGCGGGCCUAAUCUUCCAAACCAUUGCACACAAUUUAAUGAAACUUCACACAAAUGAUCAGUACUGACCCUAGUUGUGAAUGGUGCAUGUUACGUUCUUUUAGAUAAAUAUUCUGCAGAGUUACGGGGCUUUGUUUUUUGUUAACAUACUAUGUACAUUCAGUCUGCAUAUGCAAUCUUGUGCGUGCCUAAUAUUCCCAACCCUUGCACACAAGUUAAUGAAACUUCACACAAGUGAUCAGUACCAACCCUAGUUGUGCAUGGUGCAUGUUAUGUUCUUUUAGAUAAAUAUUCUGCAGAGUUAUGGGACUUUGUUUUUUGUUACUAUACUGUAUACAUACAGUCUAUAUACAUACAGUCCAUUUGUUUGUGUAUUUAGUUGCUCUAAAACCUUUAACAGUUGUUAAUACGGUAGAUUUUUCAAGUUAAAAACACCUUAAAUAAAGUCUAGAAAUUGGUUUCCAAGUCCUUUAGAUCACCAAAACUUAUUUUACAAGUAUGAAUUUUAUGAAAGUUUUGAUUAUAUGUCAAUAACUGAAGUGUUGAUUAUUUUAGACCGGUGUUUGCAAAGAAAGACUACUCUUUCCUUAAUCAAGUACAAACAUAGAUAUCUGUUACUUUACUUCCCUUGCACUUACACAGUUGAGUGGAAAAUGAGAACAGUUAUAGACACAGUGACAUAAUUUUUUUCACAGUAAAGUCACUUGGGACAUAUUUGUAUGUGUCUGAUUUACCAUUGCUGCACUGCUUCAGGCCCCAUGUGGUUCUGGGACGAUCUGUGUAUAAAAAGAAUUGGAACCACUACCUUACCCUUGCAUGAGCGUAAGAGGCGACUAAUAGGGUCUUAAAACUUGGUUUUGCUGUAACUCUGUGAUUCCAGCAGGUAUGCAAAUUUUGAUUCCAUACCUCAUGUUUUUAUUUCGAUGUAAAUGAGAUGUGAAACCAAAAUUUGUAGUCCUGUUUGGCGCCAUAUACAUUGUAACCUAUACUGUGUUGGUGCGCCGUAAAACCCAAAUAAAUAAAUAAAUAAAUGCACUGCUUCAGAUAUUGGUUUUUUCAGUUUAUUUGUUGAAAAAAUCAUUCCCAGGAUCACACCAUUUCCUUCUUUUCAUUUACAAGUCAAUUUUGAUAACUAGAGAAAAGUACCUUUAAGUGAUAUAAAGAAAUAUUACAGUCAGUCCUGUACCUAGACUUUCUGCUUAACUUUUGAACAGUACACUUGCACCUGAAACAGGCAAAAUCCUUUUAAGAGACCAUUUUUUGCAUUCACCAAUUGUAAUAUUCAGGGACAGGUUUAAUCCCCAUGUGAUGCUUGAUUCAAAUUAUACUUUUUGAACAUUUAGUAAAAUAACAGUUUGGAAACAUUAUAACAAGGGCCAGAGAACUAUAAAUACACCAAACUUUAGUGUAACCACAUGACUAAAGCGGGUUUUGUUUGACGAUUUUUAUUUAAGUCCAGUGCCAAAGAAGUAAAUAUUAGAAAUUGAAAUGUUUGUCAGUGGGCAAAAUUUAUUGAAAACCAACUACUCUAUAGUAUUUAUGCUAUGAGUUGUAUGUUCUUUAAUACCAAUGUUCAUUACAUUAAACUUACUUAAGAAAUAAUUUAUAGCAAAGACAGUUUCUCUAUAAAUUAUUUCAAUUCUAAUAUGCCUUUAAUCUAAAACAGUAGAUAAAAUAUAGUAGCGCUCUUUCUUGGGCGCAACAAAAACUUUGACGUCACUGCAUGUUAACGUGAUGUCAUUCAAGCGUAAGCGUGUUUUAACCGAGACAAGCAUAUUAGAAUAAUUAAUAUUUAUAAUACAGACUUUGUUUUUACCUUGGAAAGUUUCUAAGCAGUAGUUACACAUACAGACAAAUCUGUAUUAAGCAGUCAUCUGAGAGAGCAGUAUAAUCUGACUGCUUUAGUCAUUUGGUUGUUUAACCCUUAGCCUACUAAAUUUCUGAAAUGGACUGGUCCAUCAUUCAAUUUGGGCAAUACCAUUUAUUAUUAGAAGGGGUGUUCAUUGAAAAUUUACUGACUGGAUAGCAAGUAGUCAUGGAUGAAAUAUGAUAAGUAGUCCUAGAUGAAAUGUAAUCAGUAGUCCUGAAUGGACAAAGCAAGAGUAGAUUGCUAGGUUUUCUGCUGUUUUUAAGAUACUUGAUGUUAUUAAUCAAUAAUAAUGUUGCUUAUUUUGUUUGUCUCUCCUGAUAGGUAAAUCCCACUCCUGUCUGUGUCAUGGUUGGUUCUUUGGAAACAUCUUUUAAGUAUGUCAUUAGUUUAAGUGGUUAAUUAAAUCAUAUAUCAUUUUUGUUGAAAAUCCAGACUUAUUGUCCUAAAUAUAUGCUGCCAGCUUUUUCUGAAAUACGUGUAUUUGAGCACAGAGUCUUUAAGUGCACAAGUUGAGCUUUUGUGAUAUCCAUGUCCAUCCUCACCAUUUGUGUAUCAUCUUAAGUUUUACUGUUAACACAGGAGCUCACAAUUUUAGUCCUGUCUAAAUUAAAGUUGGGCAGAAAGCUUUUCUCUAUGAAAUCUGAUGAAUUUGAAAACUGGGUCACAUGGAGUCAAAAACUCCGUCUCUAGGUCAUAUAUUAGAAAACUUUUUAAACAUUCUAGAGGCCACUUUUUCCACCUAGUGUUUAUAAAUCUUUGUCAAAAUGUUUGCCUCUAUAAAAUCUAGGUCAUGUUUGAAGCUCUGUUAUCUGAGGUUAGAAACUAGGUUUCUAAGUCAGAUCAUAGAAAAAGUGAUGUUAAGAUUUUAGAGGCAAAUUUUUAUUUAUUAUUUGUAAAAUUUGUCAGAAUGUUUAUCUCUAUUAAUUUAAAUUACUUUCAAAACUGGAUUACCUAAGGUCAGAAACUAGGUCACUAGGUCAAAUCAUAGAAAAACCUUGUUCAAUCUUCAUUAAACUGUUACAAUAUUUGUCUUUAAAAGGGCUAGGCCAGAUUUAAACUGAGUUGUCUAAAAUAAAAAAAACUAGGUCACUUACCAUAGUCAAAUAAUAGGAAAAGGUCAUAUCUUCUACCUCAUCUUCACCUAACUUUGUCAGAUUGUUUUAAUCUAUAAAAACUUGAUAAGACCGAAACCGGUAAUCUUAAAUUAAAAUAGUAUUAACAUAUCCCGGUGUUGGUCAUUUAGUACCCUUUCCCCACUUUUGUAUUUUGUUCUAUAAUCUUGUUAAAAGUGCAGAAAUUAGUUUGGAAAAAAAAUAAGGUCACUAGGUCAGAUCAUUGAAAAACUUUGUUGACUUCUUACUUCAUUAACUAAAAAAACAUGAUCACAAUGUUUGUUUUUAUGGAAUCUAGGUAAAACUGGAUAGUAGGUUGUGGAGUCAGAACUAGGUCAGUUUAUGAUACCAGACAUUUGUGACCCUCUUGUUGUCAGUGAACAAUAGAAGGCAUUACUUUGAUAAAUCGGGCAAUUAUGAAGAGAAUAUACCCAGUGAAAAUUGUUCUUUCAGUUUUUAUUGUUCACUUUGUGUUUUUUAUGUUCAUUCAAAUCAGACAGCAUGCAAGCAUUCUUUACGACUGACAGUACAUUUUGCACAGUACUUAUUUAUGUAUUUACAUUUACUUCAUUACACUUUUUAUUUUAUCUCUGCUCUGUAGUUUUAAAGGAGUAAUUAGUAAAGGAUACAAUGACUGUAAUUUAUUACCAUUAUGAACUUAUUAAAUCAAGGCUUUUUAAUGGUGGUGUGAAUCACUUUAAGUGAUAGCUCUAGUUAUUUCUGGAUUUAGAAUGAUUGUUACAUCGAGUUUAGCCAAAUUUGGGCCAGUAGUACCUUAUUUUGUAGCCAGUAAUAUUUGAAUAAUAGAGUUGUUGCAAUUUCAUACUUGUACGUGUAAACAUAUGUAUAAUAACAAUCUAAAAAAAAAAUCAAGUGUCUCCCUACAGGUAAAUUUACACUUUUAAGUUCUUACAAUUGAAUUUGCCUGUUUAAUGUAAUUAUAAUUUUACAAGUACAGUUAAAUCUGUUCUAAUUUACGACAGCUCAGAUGAUUAAAUAAAUUUUAAAGGAAAUAUUACACACGUACACUUACAAGUAUGAAAUUGCAGUCUCACUAUUGUAGAUUAAAUACUGCUUUCUUUGAUUGCUAAAGCUGAAAGUUGGAAAUGAAAAGACCAAAAAGUUUCUUGCCUGUAUUAGCUGAAAUUUAGGCUUGGAUUCAAAAGUACCAAACAUUUGCUGAAGAUUUGUUUGUUAUGUAUCUUAACUGUUAAAAUUUGACAUAGCUUAUUAAAGUUAUGAUAGGAAUAUUGUCCUCACAAAGUCUUGUUAAAAUCUGGAAUACUUUAACACAAAUCAUUCUACAAGAAGAUUCUUCAGAACCAUGGAACACAAUGCAGCAAAAUAAUAGGGGACUCCGUUUGACUGAGUCUUUUGAUGAGAGUUAAUGAAAUAUGCAACAUUUUUAGCUCCGUUGGUUAAAGUUUUUGAUAAAGUCAAAUAUCUCUGUUACUAUCAAAGCUAUUUUUACUAUCAAAGCUAUUGACUUGAAACUUAAAAUUGUUAUUAACUAUCGAAGUCCAGGUGAAACAAUCCCCAUAACUCUGAUUUGAAUUUUGACAGAGUUAUGUCCCUUUUUAACUUAGAAUUUUUUGGUUAAAGUUUUUGAUAAAGUAAAAUAUCUAUUACUAUCAAAGCUCUUGAUUUGAAACUUAAAAUAUUAUUUACUAUCAAAGUCUACACCAUGAGAAACAAUUCCCGUAACUCUGAUUAUACAUUUGAUUGAGUUAAGCCCCAUUUACUGGCAAAGCUCUAAUUCAGAGUCAAGCACUGAGAAAAGUUGAGCAUGCUGUCUUACAGACAGCUUUUGUUUAUUUUACCCUUACACCUACUAGCACCGGCUUCAACAGAACUAUAUUAUAAAUAACAUUGGAUGGACUCUAUAAUCCAGUGAAAUCAGAAAGAUUUUUUUUUCAUAUUUUUAAGUCAUUGCCUCUCAUAAUCAGCAGACUCAGUAAAACCAGGUCUGCUAAUAUUUUGCUUGGUUGUGCUCUAUGCUUCCAAAUGAUCUUCUCACAGACUUUAUUGAUGGGCAAGGAAAUAUUUAUGCCGAAUACCGGUGUUGUAAGUUAUUUAUCAGAAUGUUAUAAUUUCAGUACUACUCCAGAAUGAAAUACAAGUUGAAAUUUA